AUGACGUUGAGUGCCCGGCCCAAGACUGUAGAGCAGGGCGAGUGGAUCGCGCACCAAGUCGUUGAGCACUACCGUAACCUCUGGAACUUUGUCCGAGUCGUCCAUGAGAAGGAGGAUGACGGAACAGCUGUCUGCGACGCGACGUCGUGCCCUCGCAUGUCAGCCGGAGCCAACCACUCCUUCACCUGGCUCAACAGCCGCCGCGAGCCGGUCGAGCUGCCGGCCCACGAGUACAUGACACUGAUGCAGCGCUGGAUCUCCGGCAAGAUUGACGACCUCGCCAUCUUCCCCACGGAUCCUUCGGGCGUCUCCUUUGCGCACAACCCCUCCAUCACGACGACGCCGCUGUCCCAGCUCUCCAGCCCCGGUGGCGAGCCCGACUGGAUCGGCAAGCGCUCGGGCUUCCCCAAGAACUUCAUCGACGUCUGCCAGACCAUCUUCCGCCAGAUGUUCCGCGUCUACGCCCAUCUCUACUGGGCCCACUUCACCGACCCCUUCUACCACAUCAACCUCGAGAAGCAGCUCAACAGUUGCUUCAGUCACUUUGUCCUCACGGCCACGGCCCUCGAUCUGCUCAAAUCCCACGAGCUCGAGCCCAUGCAACCCCUCAUCGACAUGUGGGCCGCCAACGGCACGUUCCCCCCCGAGAGCAAGGCCUACGAGUACGCAAACCUCAAGGCCGGCGAGAGGCUGCUGCAGCUCGCUGGCGUCGUCUAG